AGGCCCCUGAGCCAGAGAACUAUCAGUGGAUAUUUAAAGUUCUUGAAAAUAACACAUUUUCUCAAACGUCACAUGUCAUUUGCUUUUGGGGCUUAAGACCAAAGGGCACUUGCGUGCAUAAACUAGUAUGUGCUGCGCAUGCGACCAAAUAUAUUUUUGCAGAUUCCUUUAGGACAAAUGUAAGUGGUGACUCGCAAGUGUUUUGUCUUCUAAUUACAUAACUUUUAUCCAACUUGUGUGGCCAAUGACGACCUUAAUCCGACAGGAGAAAAUAUUUGGAUAAUUCAGUUUAUUCAACAAGAAAUAAUCAGAACCCGUGUCACUAAGACGAUUUAAGCAUAGCUUUGCAAAUUACACCUCUCUUACCUUCUUUAUCUUCUUUGCCGAUUCAUAGAUAUAGACUGAAUUUGUAGCUUCUGUUAGACAAAUUCACCUCCUUUAUUCGAUAUCUUGUGUGGCUUGGUGUUCAUUGUUCUUGUUGAAUUGAAUUAUUCGUUCUCAGCUAACUUGGUGUAACAUCUCUUACAUUCCCAUAUUAUUGCAUGCCCAUUUGUUUUGAAUAAUCUUUCAUUAUAAUACUUUCAAAGCUAAAAUUUUAAAGAGAGAAGCAGUUCCGUAUAUCUGUAUUGAAAACUAAGGAUUCAUGGGUAGAGGUAGGCUGCAAGUGCAAGGUGUUGAAUUUGGUAACAAAGAUCUACAAGUAUGUUGUUCCGGAAUCAAGUUUGAAUGGGAUUCUCUUGAGGGUAAAGUUCGUCCCACUAGCUUCUUUGCAAGCGUUGGUCAAGCAGGAUUUGGUUUUGGGAUUUCACCAAAUCCUCCUGCUGCCACUACCAGAAAAAGUGGCACCAAACCAUCCUUGGUCUAUUCUUCUUCGAAAUAUGUUUUAAUGCCUGAAGCUGGUCUUCGAAGCUCGGGUUCUCAAGGGUUAUUGAGUGGCGAGGCAGUUGAAUUUGAUGAAGAAGGCCAUGGUAUGAAGAAGGAAAAGAAGACGAAGGCGUUUAAAUUGAAAUUUAAGAUUGGGAAUCCAUCAUUGAGGAGGUUGAUGAGUGGGGCAAUUGCUGGUGCAGUGUCAAGAACAGCUGUGGCACCGUUGGAGACCAUAAGGACCCAUUUGAUGGUGGGGAGCUGUGGACGCAAUUCACUUCAAGUUUUUCAAUCUAUUAUGGAGACAGAUGGAUGGAAGGGCUUGUUCAGAGGCAAUUUCGUGAACAUUAUCCGAGUUGCGCCUAGCAAGGCCAUUGAGUUAUAUGCAUAUGACACAGUCAAAAAGCAACUAUCUCCAAAACCUGGUGAACAGCCAAAGAUUCCAUUUCCUCCAUCAUCAAUUGCAGGUGCUGUUGCUGGUGUUAGUUCUACCCUAUGCACAUACCCUCUUGAACUACUCAAAACUCGUCUUACAGUCCAGAGAGGGGUGUACAAGAACUUAGUGGAUGCAUUUGUGAGAAUCAUUCGAGAGGAAGGUCCUGCAGAACUGUACAGGGGCCUCAGUCCUAGUCUAAUCGGUGUGAUCCCUUAUGCUGCAACAAACUAUUUUGCUUAUGACACACUUAGAAAAGCGUACAAAAAAGCUUUUGGUAAGGAGGAGAUAGGGAAUGUGAUGACUCUUGUAAUUGGAUCAGCUGCCGGUGCAUUUUCAAGCAGUGCAACAUUUCCACUAGAGGUGGCUCGUAAGCAUAUGCAAGCAGGGGCUCUGAAUGGAAGACAGUAUGGUAACAUGCUUCACGCCCUAAUGAGUAUAGUUGAAAAGGAAGGAGCUGCAGGUCUUUAUAGGGGUUUGGGACCAAGCUGCUUAAAAUUGGUUCCUGCUGCUGGCAUUUCUUUCAUGUGCUAUGAAGCUUGAAAGAGGAUACUCGUUGAAAACGAACAAGAUUGAAACAGUUUGGAA